AUGUCUUACUCUGCCGUCCACGCCACCCCCCAAGGCCCGGGUGAUGCCCGACCCACAGCCCUCCAAAUCGUCCAUGACAACAACAUGCAAGAUCAACUCAAAGGCAAAGCCGCCGUCGUGACGGGCGUCUCCUCUGGCCUAGGAGUCGAGACCGUUCGCGCUCUCGCUGCCACCGGCGCAACGCUGUACCUGACAGCCCGGGACCUGACCAAAGCGCGCACAGCCCUAGGCGACAUCUUCCAGCCGGAGAGAAUGGAGCUGGUGCAGAUGGAUCAAGCCUCGCUAGCUAGCGUGCGACAGGCCGCAAAGCUCAUCCUGUCCAAGACAAACAAAGUGAAUAUCCUCAUCGGCAACGCGGGGGUCAUGGCUGUGCCAGACCUGCAGCUCACAGAGGAUGGAUACGAGAUGCAGUUCGCAACGAACCACCUCGCCCACUUCCUGCUGUUCAAUCUGCUCAAGCCAGCUCUACUGGCGGGAAGUACUCCCGAGUUUCAUUCACGAGUAGUUCUGGUCUCGAGUUCAGGACAUCGCGUGCAUGGGAUCAACGAAGCGGAUAAUUAUCAUUUCCAGAAGGGUGGAUAUGAUCCGUUGGUUGCGUAUGGACAGUCCAAGACUGCGAAUAUCUAUACGGCGAGUGAGAUUGAGCGGCGGUAUGGGGGGCAGGGGUUACAUGGGUUGAGUUUGCAUCCUGGGAUUAUUGCUACUGGGCUGGGGAGGUAUCUUUCGGAGGAGCAAAUUCAGGCGUUGUUGACUGAUGAGACGGUGGGUAGGGUUGCGAAGAGUACAGAGCAGGGUGCGGCGACUACACUGUGGGCUGCUGUGGGGAGGGAUUGGGAGGGUAAAGGGGGGAAGUAUUUGACUGAUUGUGCAGAGGCAGAGGAUGGAGAGUACGAUGGGCAUGUUGGGAGGUCGAUUGUGAGUUAUACGUAUUGGCCGGAGGGAGAGGAGCGGUUAUGGAGAGAUUCGUUGGAGAUGGUGGGAUUUCAUGAUUAG